CGACUUUGCAUCAACAAUGUCGGCCGGAAAACACCUCUACCGCUCCCUUCUGCGCGAGCUCCGUCUCUCAUCCAACGUGCCGCGGGCGAAGCGGAACCCCGAUGUUGCGGUGCACUUCCGCAAGAUUGUCGAGGUGGGAGAUGCGAAGGCCGUCGAGCGUGCGGUGCUCGAGUCGCGCGACUUCCUCCGUGCGAACAGGAUAUACGGGGAACUGCUCAAGCGGUACAACCCCACACACUCGAUGAGCCAGGAGGAGCGUGUGAAGGCGACCGCGAGGCGCGUCGGCCUCGACGCGCCUUCAGAGUACAAAAGCGAGUAGGGUGUAUGCAUCUGUGUAGCUUUCUUG